GGUCUCUUCUCUUGCCCAUCAGUCGGUAUAUUAGUCGUAAAGUCGUAGACGUGGAGAUAGUUCAACGUUAGCCACUUGCACCACGCCGCAGCCACCAUGUCCAGCCCACCUCCUCCCGACGCCGGGUUGCCGCCGGUGACUCCAGUUCCGCCUACUCCGGUGACCCCAUCUCCGGUUACUCCAGUUCCGCCUACUCCAUCGCCCGUAGCAAUUCCGCCUUCUCCGGUAGCAGUUCCGCCUACUCCGGUUCAGGCGGAUCCUCCCACCAUCGUGAAUCCUCCAGUGCUACCCCCGGUGAAUUCUCCUCCGCCACCUUCACCAAGGCCGCCGACGACGCCGAACCCAACGCCGGUAACACCGUCCCCAUCUCCGCCAAGGCCCACGCCGACGCCAAACCCAACGCCAGCAACACCGUCCCCACCCCCACCAAGGACAACUCCGACGCCAACGCCAACUCCUCGCAGGCCGCCGUCGUCAUCACCAUCGCCGCCUGACGCCGCGCCGCCACCUCCUGAAGACGUCCCAUCUUCGCCGCCGCUCCCGAUCGACGCCCCAGCUGCAGCAGCGCCUCCGCCGUCGCCUCUUAUGUUUUAUCCGCCUCCGCCGCCGCAGUCAGCAGAAGCGCCGUCGACAUCGGCCAAGUCCUCGUCAAGCAGCGGGACUGCGGUGGGCGUGGGCGUGGCCGUCGGGGCGGUGGUCUUGCUCGGCCUCGCGGCCGCGCUGAUCUUCUUCUUCGUCUCCAAGCGGCGCCGUCGCCGUAGGGUACCGCCGCCGGGGACCCCAGCGGAUUUCUUCUACGACCCGAGGCAGCCGACGACGCCGCUGCAGCAGUCGCACGCGCUGUCGACGCCGUCGUCGACGCCGCCGCUGAUGCACUCGUGGGCGCAGAGCAGCGGCGGCGGCGACCCGGGCGGGCCGCCGCUCCCGGCCAUGACGGGCGGCACGCUGGGGUACGACGAGCUGGCGGCGGCGGCGGACGGGUUCUCGGAGGCGAACCUGCUGGGGCAGGGCGGGUUCGGGCACGUGUACAAGGGCACGGUGAACGGGCAGGAGGUGGCCAUCAAGAAGCUGCGCGCCGGCAGCGGGCAGGGCCACCGCGAGUUCCGCGCCGAGGUGGACAUCAUCAGCCGCGUGCACCACAAGAACCUCGUCUCCCUCGUCGGCUUCUGCAUCCACGCCGAGCAGCGCCUCCUCGUCUACGAGUACGUCCCCAACAAGACCCUCGAGUCCCACCUGCACCACGUCUCAGGGAGCGGCCGCGCGACGCUGGAUUGGCCGCGCCGGUGGAAGAUCGCCGUCGGCUCGGCGAAGGGCCUCGCGUAUCUGCACGAGGACUGUCAUCCUAAGAUCAUCCACCGUGACAUCAAGGCAGCCAACAUCCUCCUCGACUACAAUUAUGAGCCCAAGGUUGCAGAUUUUGGGCUGGCCAAAUGCCAAGAAGCAGAACAUACUGCUGUUUCUACGCGCGUAAUGGGAACUUUUGGUUACCUGGCGCCGGAAUAUUACGCCACCGGCAAAGUAACCGACCGGUCCGACGUCUACUCCUUCGGCGUGAUGCUUCUGGAGCUCAUCACCGGACGGAAACCUAUCAUGGCAUCCUCAGAUCACCAGCCAGAAACAUUGGCUACUUGGGCAAAGCCCCUGCUGACCAAGGCCUUGGAGGAGGAAAACUACGAGGAGCUGAUCGACCCGGAGCUGGGGACCAACUACGACGCCUACGACAUGGCGCGGCUCGUCGCCUGCGCCGCCGCCGCCGUGCGGCAGACGGCGCGCUCUCGCCCGCGGAUGGCACAGAUCGUCCGGUACCUGGAGGGCGAGCUGUCGGCGGAGGACCUGAACGGCGGCAUGGCGCCGGGCCAGAGCGCGAUGCAUCGCUCAGGGGGCGGCAACACGGACGAAGUCAGGCGGCUCAGGAGGAUGGCGUUCGGGCCGGGCACCGGGACGGCCGGCGGCACCAUCAGCGAGUACGCCAGCAGCGAGAUGAGCGCGCGGACGAGCGAGUACGGGCUGAACCCGUCCAGCGAGUACACGGCCAGCAGCGCGGCGGACACGGAGGACAUGACGGACUUCCCGCACAGAGCCGGCACCGGCAGGGGCGCCGCCGAGGGUGUCAGCGGCGAGGCGGGACGUGGAACUACGGAGGGGUUCAGCAGGCGCACCACCGUCAGACGUACCGGCCGGGGGUGACGAGACGUACUGAAUACUAUCUACGAGCGGGUGAUCAAGGAAUCGUCGCUCGUGUACAUAUGUGAUGUUGUCGCUGUGAGAUUUGGUUUGCGUUUCUUUGUUUCAGUUUUCGGGUUCAUGCGAUUUUUGGUGGGUGGUGGAAGAAGUUGUAACUUGUAUGUGCGUCCAUUAAUUAACCAGAAAGGUGAAUAAAACAUAAAAAGAUGAUGGAGAAUUACUCGAA